CAGCCCAGUCUAAAGAGUGCUGUGUCAACUCAUUCAUCUAGCGGCAUGGCAGACUCGUUGGGAACACUUUGUUACGUCUCUGCAAAGAUGUCUCCUCCAACACUCAAGGAACGCGGCAAGUGGGCCAGUAAAAAAGAAUUCCUCUUGUCAGUUGCUGGUGCAAUUAUAGGACUUGGGAAUGUAUGGAGGUUUCCAUACCUGUGCUACAAGAACGGCGGUGGAGCAUUCUUCAUUCCGUACAUCCUAUUCCUUGGGACCUGUGGUAUCCCACUAUUUGUUCUGGAGACAGCUCUUGGCCAAUACACUAGUCAAGGUGGAAUCAUGUGCUGGAGGAAGAUAUGUCCCCUGUUUGAAGGCAUCGGGUACGCCAGUCAACUCAUCCUUUUCUAUGGAUGCAUCAGCUACAUGGUUAUAUUAGCCUGGGCGUUUCUUUACCUGUUCUCUUCUUUCUCCAAAGAGAUGCCAUGGGCAACAUGUGAGAACCCAUGGAACACAGAUGCAUGCGUGGUGUUGAGCAAUCAUUCUGCCAAUUGGACUUCCAAUCCCAACAUUUCAUCAUCUGUUGUAGAAUUUUGGCGGCGACGCGUGCUGAACAUAUCUACUGGCAUUGAGGACUUGGGGAACAUCCAGUGGGAGCUUUCUUUGUGCCUCCUUCUUGCUUGGGUCAUCUGCUACUUUUGUGUGUGGAAGGGAGUACGAUCAUCCGGGAAGGCUACAUACAUCACAGCGACCUUCCCCUUUGCUAUGUUACUGGUGUUGUUUGUCAGAGGAAUGAGCCUUCCAGGUGCCUUGCAUGGCAUCAAAUACUACAUGUACCCCAAUCCUAGUCGACUUGCUGAUCCACAGGUGUGGAUGGAUGCCGGAACCCAAAUAUUCUAUUCCUACGCCAUAUGUCUGGGAUGUCUUACCACACUUGGGAGCUACAAUAAGUACAACAACAAUUGCUACAGAGACUCCUUUUUUCUUUGCUUGCUGAACAGUGGGACCAGCUUCGUUAGUGGCUUUGCCAUUUUCUCAGUUCUGGGAUACAUGUCCCAGAAACAGGGUGUAGAUAUCGCCAGAGUAGCUGAGUCAGGUCCAGGUCUUGUGUUCAUUGUGUACCCACAAGCAGUGAGCCUCCUGCCCUGGCCUCAAGUGUGGUCUGUAUGUUUCUUCACCAUGAUCGUCUUGUUGGGAAUCGAUGGUCAGUUUGCUGGACUCGAAAGCAUCAUGACCUCUAUAACGGAUAUCUACCCUUCCCAGAUCCAAAAAGGAUACCGAAGAGAGCUUGUUAUGCUGCUAAUUUGCACUUUUUGCUAUCUCUUUGGCCACUUACUGGUGUCACAGGCAGGCCCAUACAUCUUGCAGAUUUUUGAUCACUAUGUAUGCAGUGGUCCCACUCUUCUUAUGAUGGCAGUCUUCCAGUCAGUGGCUAUCGGAUGGAUUUAUGGUGCUGACCGCUUUAGUGACAACAUUGAGGAUAUGAUAGGUUACAGACCUCUGUCGCUGAUCAAGUAUUGCUGGCUCUAUGCUACACCUGCUAUAUGCAGUGGAACACUCGUGUUCUUGUUGCUGAAAUACACGCCACUCAAGUUCAACAACACGUAUGUAUAUCCUUGGUGGGCCUAUUGGAUUGGCUGGUUCCUGGCGUCGUCAUCGCUCUUUCUUAUUCCUGUCUCCAUGAUCUGCAAAGUUGCCAAAGGAAAGGGGUCAUUAUGGCAGCGUCUCAAGACAAGCACCCAAUGUUCAGAUGACCUCCCAAUGAUGGCAAAGGAAAUGGCGACACUUCGCAUUGCGCUGCACGUUCACGAUGAUGGGAAAAACAGUAAUAUUCGAUAA